AUUAUAAAUAGUAGUAGGUACUUGAAAGUUUUAAUGCAAUACAAAUUUGAAGUCUUUAUUUUUUAAUUUAAUUAUUAGUUUCACGAUGAAUUGUGGGAAUGACACAGAGAAUGAUAUGUUUGGCAAUUAUGUUAGUGAUGAUAAUAUGCAGAAUAUUGAUAACCCAGAGUAUACUGAACUUCAAAAUGUAGUUAAUUCUAUAUUUACAAUAAGCCCUUGUAAAACAUCUUCAGUUAAUCAACCAGUAAAUGGAAUUGUUUUGGAACCCAGUUAUGAUGAAACCAUUUAUCUUUCACUUAAAGAAAAAAGUGAAGUAAAAGAUCUUCUGGAAGAAUGGAAAAUGGGGUACUUACUGCAAACUUGUGUGGCCGAGUGUGUAGAUGUUGAAGCAUUGAAGUACAUCAACAGUAAACAAAUAGCUCAACUAUUACAUAAAUACCCACUUGGUAAACGAAUCAAGUUUGAGCAUUAUGUUAAACAGUGGAGAAAAAACUCUAUACAUAAAGAUGUUAGAAAUGAGUCAACAUCGAGAAAACGAUCAAUAUCUAUUUCAUCAAUUUCAUCUACCAGUUCACCGUCCACAUCUUCUGAACCCAUACAGUCAUUUUUGCUUCAUGAUAUUUUAACUAAAAGUGUUCAAGGAGCAUUAAUCACCGAUUACUAUCGUACAAAUAAAAACUUGAAUGAAACAUGUCGAAAUUUAUUAGUUGAUUUGAUAGUAUCUUCAUUGAUUGAUAAACAAAUGUCCAUGUCCAUAUGUUUAGCAGAUCGUAUUGCUACAGAAAUAAUUGGAACCUUCACUACAGAGUUAAAAGAAGUAUAUUUUAUUAGAGAUUUGACAAACAAGUGUCCCAAGGGGAAGUUAUACUCCAAAUACUUUAACAAAAUAAGGAGCUUAAGAAGUCAUGGAUUGGUAUCUCAACUACCGAAAGAUAACAAAAAUGUUGAAAAACAAACAAGGGUUUGCGCAGAACUAGAUAGCGAAAUAACAGUCGAGGAUGAUGCUGAGGUAGCAACUCUUCUGAGCAGUUUAAAACACGAAGACUUAUCAUGGCCCGAUAUAGAGGUUAUUUGGAAAAAAACUACAGGAUACAGAUUACAACACCUGAAAGCUACCCAUUUUUCUGCUGUGGAUAUUCAAAAAACUUGGCCUCAAUAUACAAAACCACUUGGAUAUAAACUUAUCGAUAUUGAUUUCAAACGUUUGUAUGGGAAAAAUGUAUCAGACUUACUCACUACAUUUGAUGCAUCAUAUAACAAAUUAUUCCAAAUUUAUAAUGAGCGAAUAAAAGAUGUGAACAGUAAAAAAUUACUCGAAGAACUGAAAAAUGACAUUAAUGCAUCAGAAAGUUCUAAACAUUGUGUAAUUAUAUAUUUGAUGCAUGCAUUAUUUUUACCAACGUCCAAAAAAUCUUCAAUUGACUCAGAUGGUAAAAAAUGUUUAAUAAAAUUUUCAAUAAAGGAUUCCCAAAAUAGCUUCAUCAUGGUAUCUAACACAGCAAUAGGAAUGGAAGAAAUGCUGAAGUUGAGAAAAAGCAACAACAACCCCAUACAGCCAUGUUUACUAAUUGUUGGCACAAUACUGAAUCCUACCCAAAUCUUAGUAUAUUUUGAUGACGUAAAGUACAAGUUUUUUUCUAUUAUUAAAGCUUUAGAUAUCUGUUUUAAAAUAUUCCAUGUAUUCAAUAUUGAAUAUCCAUUGGAAUCUCAAAACGUUUGGUUAUUUAUUCAACGUUAUUUUUAUGAUGUAAAAUUAAAGUUUGAUAAACCAUGUCCAUUAGUUUAUCAAAUUAUUUCAGAACUAAAAUAAAAAUAAAUUUUGUCAUGUUUUUUCUUCUACCUAUACUACCUAUAUUAUUAUAUAUUUGUAUAUCAUCCUAUGUGUUAAAAUGUAUUAUAUACUAUAUAACUGCUACUUAAGUUACGACUGUGAA